AUGAAGAUCGAAGAAGGCGAAUGGGCGGGAUGGGAGUGCCAGGGUGAAGUGCUCAUUGAGUGCGAGCACGACAAGGACUUCAGAAUUGUUGUUGAGCCGCCCGCCUCCAAUACCCGCCACUUUUGCGUGUGGCCUUGCAUCGACGGGCAAGAGAUAGGCAGUACAGUUAGCACAUCUCUUGAGCAGCCGCGCUGUCAAAUCAGGAGUAGGUAUGAGAAGGAGAAUGACGCAAUUGCAGAGAAGAGCUUGCGCUUCGUGGCUCUGGAAAGGGUACCGGAACAGAUGUCGAGUCAGCAAGCCAACAUCCAAUCCUUAGGAUCCAUCGCUGUCACCAUGCACAAGGGCUGGGGUUCCCUUGGUCAUCGUCGCAGACCUUGGAUAUCCCAGAGCCCCACGUCAUCUAUUAGCGAGAAGGUCAAGAAGAUGUCGCCUGGUGUUCAACUCCAACUCCGCCUCUCGAAAGGGGCCGACAGUGGUGUUGCGAAGCAGGAGGGAGACGCCGUUGUCCAAAGUAUCAUCGUUGAGCCCACGAACGACGACAGCGAUGAUGGCAUCGUUUCUGUGGAACAGCCCGCUGAGAUCGACCGCCCUCAAGUUUCUGUCGAUCUGACUCAGGACGACGCAUCGACCGUCCGAGGCAGCCCCGUCCGGAAAAGCGCAGGGGGUCCCAACGACCUGAGCGACAGCAACUCAGACAGUAGCGACAGCAGUACCGCUUCGGACGACGACGCUGUUGGGGAGGACGGGCAGCCGUCAGAAGCAACAGUCAGGGCGGUAGCCAGGGCGAAGGCUAAGGCGAAACUGAAAGCGAGACUCAAGUACAAGCUCAAGUCGCAGCUCAAGGCUGAGCUCAAAGCGAAGGCAGACCGCAAGGCCGCUCGCAAAACCGCUCGUAAGGGGAAAGGAAAGGAGAAGCAGGGUGCUCAGUAG